AUGGCGACUAUCAAUCGCCUCAGGAGGGUGCUGGAAACGGCCGCGCAGAUCACGGAUCUUUUCUCGGUCUCAUCCGUUCCUCCUGUGGAGGGUUGUACCGGAGUCCAAUUCGUCCGAUUGGACGUCGUCAUUCCACAUCGUGACCGCCUCGUCGCAGACUUGACCGAGCUUCAGAUCGGACCAUCCGAGCAGGCAGACAUCAUCGUCAACUUCGAAGAAAGACUUUCAAGCAUACAUCAGCACUACGAUCAAGCCCUCAAAGAUGCUCUCAGGGAGCUAUUUGUGAGGGGAAACCUCGACGAGGCUUUCGAGACGCGCUUCCGCAAGUCUCUUUCAGAGCUAUUCUACGCCAAUGCUCAAAGCGCUUGGAAGAGGUUUCUCGCAGAACUUAAGGGGGUUCAGUUGUCAAAGUGUCAUGCCGUCGAAGAGGUCCACACUUCACAGCUGCACAGUGAAGCAGUUGCUAAAUCUGGCCGAGGACACCACUCCGACGCGAUUCGCAUUUUAGAGCAAGCCUUCGCUCACACGCCCAACAUCACGCAGGCCGAGAAAUAUCGACUCGCCGAGGUGACCGGACUCAAGCCAAAGCAAGUGACCAUCUGGUUCCAGAAUCGUCGCAAUCGAAAAGGGAGGAAGCCAAGCAGUUGUGAGCUCCAGAUCAAUCCAUCAUCCGAGCUCUCACCUGUCAAGCUGGCUUCAACUCCUCCCGCCUCACCGACACGAGACUUCACCCUGUCCGAGAGGAAACGCAAAUCGUAUGGCGCGCUCGGCCGAUCUGGUCACGACGACACGGAGCUGAGAUCCGACACGCCCUCAUCCCAAAUCAAGAAGCCUCGUCUGCCGAGCGCAUCCCCAGGCUCGAGCGACGCCGCUGCCACAUCUGACGAGUAUCACAAUGCCUUCAUUCCGUGGAGCAGUCCCUCUUCGCGAUCCACCAGCUCAUCGUCUGCAUCCAGUGGCGCCAGCGACUGCUUCGACACACCGACCAAGUCACACAACAUAUUCAGGUACGUCAACCCCCGUCGAUACGAUGGCACGGCGAAAGCGGUCAUGCCCGACUUGACGCUUUCGACCCAGCAGCUAUUCGUACAACAGGGUGUGGCGCAGGGUCAAAGGUCUCCCUUCGCCGGCGACAACCAGAACUCCUUCGAGGUCAAAGCAGCGGGAAUGUGCUUCAGCAGCCUUCAGAUUCCGGACGUCCUUGAGGAUGAUAGUCUGAUGCGAAGCAUUCAAGAGGCGCUCGCAACGCACACUUCCGAUCAAGGUUUUAGACGAGAAGUGUCAUCGAGCUCGUGGGGCACGCAACCGACGACGGAUGACGAUGAAUGGGUCGAUGAGGAAGACUUCGCCGCGUCGCCUGCUGGUCGUCAAAGCACGCAUGUCGAUGGACCGUUGACAGCGCAGGCACCUUCUUCGCAGGCUUCGUCCCAGAACGUGCAUUUUGCUGUUUCGUCUAGCCCGUCUGUGGUCUCGUCCCAGCAAGGCCAGGUCAUGGGCUCUCACGCCGCAGCUGACUCCCGAGCCAGCGCUACAAACACACACGAUGUCUUCGCCUACCCAGCUGACACGAACGACCAGUUCUUCGGCCUCGCCCAGCUCUUUGACCCCGCUGCUUCCACUCAUAUCCCGUCGUCCAGCCCCAUCGCGCUUCAUCAGCAGCAGGACCCUCCCGUCACCUCUUUCGCUCUGCACGGCGCGAACACGGACACGCCUAACUUCAACGUGGACAUCGAGAUGAGCGACAUCCAGGAAUUCCUCGACACCGACAUCCUCGCGUCCUCCUUGCCUAGCUCUCAGCAGUCCAGCCAGGGCGCCAGUACUUUUGCGUCAGACCAUGCCAGCGCCAUGCAAGGGGCAAACACUGGCGAGGCGCAAUUCUGGAUGAACUUCGACCUCUCUUCUCAAGCUUUCAUGCAGGUUUGA